AUGGGCCCGCUCGCCGCCCACUUGCAGGCUGCCGCCGCCGGCGACUUCCCUGGCAUCUUCCUCAACGGGCUGCUUGUCUUCGGCCGGGCGGGCGACGUCAUCUUCGAGCGCUGCCUGGCCCGCGACCACGCGCUGUACAUCCUCGAGCAGGCCGAGCGCUCGGGGUUGACUGUCCUGUUCUACGCGGGGGAUCGCGUCUUGGUGAGGGAGCGCACACUGGAGACCGAUAUGUUCAUCGUGUCGCACGAGCCCGUGCCGACCGCCGUGGGGGAUUUGGCGGAAGCCGUGCGGGGGACGGCCGUGCACAAGGCGCUGCUUGUCGAUCCGCGCAAGGAUGUCGUAAGGUAUCGACGAGAGAUGACGGACGCAUUUGAGGGGGUUGCGGACAUUACGCAGGCGCGCCCGGACGUGCUUGAGGUGCUGCCGGUUGGGGCGAGUAAGGGGGAGGCCUUUGUGACGCUGCUUCAUCAUCUAGGGGUUGAGAAGGAGCAUACCAUGGCAAUCGGCGAUGGUGAGAAUGAUGUCGAGAUGAUUAAGGCGGCCGGUUUGGGCGUCGCUGUGGCUAACGCUGUGCCCCAGAUGCUCAGUGUGGCCGAUGAGGUCGUUUGUGCCAAUGAUGAGGCCGCUGUGGAAGAGGCGAUUCGCCGCUUUGUGGCUUGCCAGUAA